AUGAAUGAUGAACCUCCACCAAGAGGCGGACCCAAACCAGAUAAGCCUCUACCAGGAGGCGGGCCAAGACCGGAUGAGCCUCCACCAAGAGGUGAGCCAAGACCAUAUGAACCUCCACCAAGAGGCGAUCCAAGACCGGACGAACCUCCACCAAGAGGCGGACCGAGACCGGACGAACCUCCCCCAAGAGGCGGACCGAGACCGGACGAACCUCCACCAAAAGGCAGGCCGAGACGGGACGAACCUCCACCAAAAGACGGACCGAGACCAGACGAACCUCCACCAAAAGGCGGACCGAGACCGGACGAACCUCCACCAAAAGGCGGGCCGAAAUGGGACGAACCUCCACAAAGAGGCGGUCCGAGACCGGACGAACCUCCCCAAAGAGGCGGGCCGAGACCGGACGAACCUCCCCUAAGAGGCGGACCGAGACUAGACGAGCCUCCACCAAGAGACGGGCCGAGACCAGACGAACCUCCUCUAAGAGGUGGACCGAGACCCGACGAACCACAACCAAGAGGCGGACCAAGACCGGACAAACCUCCACCAAAAGACGGACCAAGAUCGGACGAACCUCCACCAAGAGACGGGCCAAAACUGGACGAACCUCCACCAAGAGGCGGGCCAAGACCAGACGAAUCUCCACUAAGAGGCGGGCCAAGACCAGACGAACCUCCCCCAAGAGGCGGACCGAGACCCGAUGAACCUCCACCAAGAGACGGACCGAGACCCGAUGAACCUUCAAUAAGAGGCGGACCGAGACCGAAUGAACUUCCACCGAGAGGCGAUCCAAAACCGGAUGAACCUCCUCAAAAAAGCAGACCAAAACAUGAAGAACCUCCACCAAGAAGCGGACCAAAACUCGAUGAACCUCCUCCAAGAGGCGGACCAACACUUGAUGAGCUUCUACCAAGCGGCGGACCAAAACAUGAUGAUCCUCCACCAAGAGGCGGACCGAAAUCGGACAAACCUCCACCAAGAGGUGGAGAAAACCCUGAUGAACCUCCACUAAGAGGCGAACCAAAACAUGAUGAACCUCCUCCAAAAGGCGGACCAACACUUGAUGAAAUUCCACAAAGAGGCGGACCGAAACAUGAUGAACCUCCACUAAGAGGCGAACCAAAACAUGAUGAACUUCCACCAAGAGGCGGACCGAAAACCGAUGAACCUCCACCAAGACCAAGAGGUGGACCAAAUCAUGAUGAUCGGUCACUUAAAGGCGGACCAAAACCUUUAUACAACUGA